AUGGCGACCGCUUCACAACGACUGGACGGUCUCUCAGAAGUGGCCGAACUAGAGCAGAUACCUCUGCCAUACAAGACGUUAUACCACACUCUCGUCCUCAGUGAUGACAUGCCCAUCGAUCUUUUGCGGGAGAGGCACCAUUCCAGCUCACAACAGCUCCUGACAUGGAUCCAGGCUGCCCUAGGUCUCCUCGAUACCGUCACAGAGUCACAGCAGUACCAGGGGCGAGACGAAGAAGAAGAUGAAGAGCUUGAAAUAGAGAUUCAGGACGUGGUGUCGGGAAUUGGUCACUACGUACCAACAAUCCAGUCGAGCAUCGAAAUCCUCCUGCAGCUAGAAGACUUUAUCGCACAGCGAUCCUCAUCAUCAGCAUCCGACUCUGAAGACGAGCAUCAAGAGACCCCACUCAGUCCGGAGAUUGAGGCGACUAUGGAGCAAUGGUCGCGUCUUCGUGAGAUCAUCAGCGAUCUGGGCACAUCUGCGCGGGAACAUCAACGACUUCGAGACGGCAUCCAGGGCGUGCGAAACAUUUCGGAGCAGUUGAGGAUGGCCAGCGGUAUUUUCGACAAGUGUUUGGGGGAUAUUGCCAUGGACAGACAGCGCACCAGAGAGCUCGCAUUAGCAGAGGAAGCAGCCUCACGCAACGGUAGCAGCAACAGCCUGAGCAGCGACGAAGGCGUUGCCUUGUUACGUGCUCGGGCGAGGUCUUCAGGUGUGGACAGCAAUGACAUGUUGGAGCUCGACUCGAGGCUCGGUCUGCUCUCACUACAGAUCGAUACUUUGCAAAAGUCAUAUCCCGAAUGCACGCGGUCAGGCAAGGCACUCAAGGCCAAGGGUCGCAGCAGCCAACAGCAGGAAUCUGGAUCGAUUGCGGAAAAGAAGUACGUUAUGCACAAACUUUAUCGGGAGUUGCUGAAGGACUGGCACAAUCUGCGAACACGAAAGGACCAGCUCUGGCGGGAUCUUGAGGAAUGUGAUCGUUGGCGGACACGGAUCGAGAAGAUGGCAACACAGAUCGAGGCCAUGCUGGAACCUGUGGAGAUCUUCCAUAAGAUGUGUGUCAAUCUGCUGGCGACCCUGGAUGGACAGCAGUCGGUCGAGGAACUGACCUCCGGCAUUUCUCAGCAGUCGAUGACGAUUGUGACACGCGACAUUGCUCAGAGCAAGUCGUUGACAAGGAACAACUCGUUCAUGGACUCGGGUAACGCGGUCGACCUGGAGACGCUGUGGGCAGCCCUGCAGGAACUGGACGAGAAGCAGACGACGGUCGCACCGGCUAUUGAAAAUAUGUUUUGGGUGCAGGAGGGCGAGAUCCAGCACCGGUCCAAGGCCGCAGCUAUGUCGCCAACUACGCCAGCAACCGCCAACUCGGACACCAACCAACUUCGUGCGUCCGCCUCUUCGCCCCCGUCGCCAGCUAUGGACCAUUCGCCUUUGUACCCUAGCCUUACCAUGCUUGAACGUCAGAAAUGCCUGAAGAAUCGAUGGUCCAACCUUAAGACGUCGCUCGAUGCCGUGGGCUCCAAACUGCACGGCCACCACACUCUGCUGAAGGAAAAGGCCAACGAGGCUCUGAUCAAGAAGGAGGAGGCGGAGGACAAGACUCUGGUCGGUAGCGGCAAUAGCGUUGACGGCGGCGACUGGGCCUCUACCAUGGGUUCACCAACACUGCGACGAUCCUCAACGGAAGGCCCGCAUAAGAGCCCGCUGACUUCUCCGAACUGGAACGCAUCGAACCGAUUCCUGCGUGGCAAAAUGGUCUCAUCCAUCUCCAUGGACUCGAGUACAGUGAAAAAGUUCAUGCUCGUUAAGUCAGACAAGCCGAACUGGUCCAAGCCCAGGCCAUGGUGUCCCUCCGUCAAUGUGGCAUCGCCUGGCUUGCCUGGGUUUCCCAUGCAGACAUCUCAAUGGGGCUACUUCAUCGUCAGCACAUCCCAGAGCGAGGAUAACUUUGGCGCCAUCAUCGCAACACCUGCACCUCUACCCCUCCGUUCGCCCACCCCCGCACAGGUCAAGCCAGCGCCACCAAAGAUCGAGCGACCACCGUUCUCGCCUGGUGGCAACCGCAGAUACACAGCUUUCAACAAGCCUCUUCCAUCGAGGCCCCCCAUGCACUCUCGAUCGAUCUCUGUCGCUGGCGGCGAUUUCAAGAACGGCGCCUUGAACCCCAUGUCGACAACGUACGGCGAUCCGAUCGACUGGGCAAAAACGUUGCGGCGAUCGACUUCCUUCUCGACAACGAAACAGAACUCCAAUGGCAAGGGCGGCAGAUCUAACGUCAAUACACCUGCGGGACCUCAUAGCAACAAGCUCAAGAGAGCUGCUUCGGCUGGCCCAGGACGUCCAAAUCAGCAGAACAUGCUCUUGAACCCCACGGCACGUAGGAACAGUAGUGUCAGCCAACAGAGUCCGCCUGGUCCAUGGGGCGGCAACCGCAAUAACAACCAGGGCUUGAGCGUCAUCAAUAGUCGUCGCCCGUCGCUGUCGUCUUCAGAGGAUGGAACUGUCAUGGGCCAUCCCGCGGCCAGCAACCACAGGAACGACCGACGAGGAGGAAAGACACUUCAGAAGAAUGGACCUGGGGCUGGCUCUCUUGCCAGUCUCACGGAUUCGUCCUCUAGUCUGGACUCGAUGAUGAGCUCCUCGAACGAUUCGUUUGUGGAGCUGGAGAGGUAUGGAUCUUCACUGUCGUCGUCGAUUGGGGCGCGUUCGCCAUCGCCGUAUGCACCGAUGUUUGGGUCGUCGUUUGCGGCGGCGAGGUCGUCGGCGGCGUUGAGGUCGGCAUUGUUGGCGGGGAUGUCCUCGACGUCUUCGGCUUCGUUGCGGUACUCGUCGAGUUCAUUGAGUGGGAACGAGUCGGCUGUGCAGAAGGAGAAGACACAUCAGCAGCAGAUCAAGAAGCUGGGCACGACCUCGGCGUCGUCGUGGAUGAGCAUGAACAUGAACAUGAAUACGGGCAAUAUUCUCUCGGCCCUGUCGUUCACGGUGCCGACGUAUAACUUUGACGAGGAUUUUAAGAAGCUUGGAUCGAUGGAGGAAUCGAUCGCUGCCAUGUAA